AUUAUCAAUUUUUUUAAGUUUAUAAGUUUUUUAACGCAAUGUCCAACUUAAAAGCCAGCAACGUGCACAUGGAGGAUGCCGAGAAAGUCCAAAGAAUCAUAAAUGAAUUUGUCAAGGGAGGGACUGAAAAAUUACAGGUAAUAUCUGAUUUUGACAUGACUCUAACAACACCUAAUGAUGAAUAUGGACCUUGUCAGUCUUGUUAUAAUGCCUUAGAUUCUAGCAAAUUCUUUCCAUCCAUUUAUCAACAGAAGGCUGAAAAAUUGAAAGAUCAUUAUUACGCAAUCGAGAUCGACCCAUACUUAGCCAUCAAAGAAAAGAUUCCGUAUAUGGUGGAAUGGUGGACUAAAGCACAUGAUUUACUCAUAGAAUUCAACCUAAGGAAAGAAUGGCUGCCACAGAUUGUCAAGGAGUCAAGAAUUAUUUUCAGGAAGGGUUGUGAUUGGCUGUUUCAGCAGCUUAACAGACUUCAAGUACCAUUGCUGGUAUUUUCAGCUGGCAUCGGUGACGUCAUUGAGGAGACAUUUAAGUCAAGGUCGAAGCUGUAUGACAACUUGAAAAUCGUUUCUAACUUCAUACACUUUAACGAUGAGGGACUGAUAGAUGGAUUCGAAGGUGAAUUAAUGCACGUCUUCAACAAGAACGAGAACGUGAUCCACAGGUCUGGAUACUUCGAGGAGAUCGAGCACCGACACAACAUCAUCCUCAUGGGCGACUCGCUUGGAGAUUUGCAAAUGGCCGAUGGCGCCAUCUGCGAAAAUAUCCUGAAAAUUGGAUUUCUAAAUGAUAAGGUUGACGAGUUUUUAGAAAGGUACAAAAAGUCAUUUGAUAUCGUCAUCGUAAACGACCCAACCAUGUCUGUGCCUAACUCGAUCAUUGCGCAGGUCUGCGAAGCCAUUGAAACAAAAAUGGCGGACGGCGUCAAAGUUAAUGACGUCACGAACGCCAACGCCACCAGUAACGGCAGUGUAAUUGGCGACGCUGCGUGAUAACUCAAUAUUUUUUAAAAUUUCUAAUUCGUUUUGUUGCUAUUGGACCAACCGAAUUUAUACAUUUUAUGAUUUUUUAUUGAAUAUUUUAAAAAACUGAUGAAAUUGUAAAUGAUGUCCAAAUAAAAGUACCUCACAAACAGA